AAUUAUACAUGUUAUUAGAGCAUAGCGAAGUUUGUUGGUAGCACUUAAAUGUUAAGUCCUGCGCACUAUACUUCUCGUUUUAUUUCCCGUCGUACUUUAUUUGCGUUCACCAAAGCCUUUAGCGGCUCGGCUAUGCACAGAGUUUUUUCAGUUUUGCAUUCCGGAUUUGGUAUAAACCCACCUGUCAUAGUAACUAGCUAGCCUGUUAGCUUGUGGCAGCUAAGCAGCGUGUAUCACGUUCAAAUUUAAUGUUUUCUGCACAAUCUCAAGACUAGGACAAUAAAUGGCAGCCCGGCGAGCCUUCACAGAUACGGAUACUGCGGACGAGGCGGUUAGGGCGACAUGUGACGAUGCGUCCGUCUGCAAAAGGUUUGCUACCAGUAAAUCUUACUGGAAAGAUCCAUAUAUUCAGUACUUUGUGAGAUCUGUGGGAGAACGCAAAGCCCCUGAAAUCAACAGAGGAUACUAUGCCCGGGUUCAGGGGGUGAAAUAUCUUCUGGAUGCAUUUAUAAAGAAAACAGAAUGUGAUUGUCAAAUAAUCAACUUGGGUGCUGGACUGGACACGACAUUUUGGAGACUUAAGGAUGAAAAACUCAUGCCACGGAAAUUCUUUGAGGUUGACUUUCCAACUGUUGUCGCCAGAAAAAUACACUAUAUAAAGACAAAAUCCCCCCUGUCCAAACCCAUUAUCGAGACACACUCAACGGACGCCUUACUGCUAGAUGGUCAAAGUCUUGACUCAGAUCGUUACUGUAUCAUUGGAGCAGACCUCAGAGAUAUUAGUAACAUGGAUGAAAAACUGAAAAAGUUCCAGCUUGACCCAGAGUUACCAACCUUGCUCCUAUCAGAGUGUGUGAUGGUCUACAUGACUCCAUUGCAGUCCUCCAACCUUGCUCACUGGGCAGCAGAAACCUUUCACACAGCAAUGUUUAUAAACUACGAGCAGGUGAACAUGGGGGAUCGAUUUGGACAGGUCAUGAUCGAGAACCUGCAGCGCCGUCAGUGCACCCUGGCUGGAGUGGAGUCCUGCCAAUCCCUUGACUCUCAGAAGGAGCGGUUUCUGAGGACUGGCUGGGAACACGCUGAUGCCCUUGAUAUGAUAACAGUCUACAGUAUGCUCCCUCAGGAUGAUGUGGCAAGAAUUGAGAGUUUAGAGUUCCUGGAUGAGAGGGAACUGCUGCAGCAGCUUCUUCAGCACUACAGCAUCUGCUGGGCCACCAAGGAUAAACUCAACCUGGGGCUGUCGCAGUUGACCUUUUGAACGUGAAUACUCCCCCCAUCAACGCCAAAAUCAACAGAAGAAGAAGAUACAGCAGAGGAGGAAUGAGGGAAAGAGGAAGCCAUCCUUUCUCCACCAAGCUCUCAUCUGGGAGCCAUUUCCAGACCGAAAAGUCCCACCAUAAGCGGAACGGGAUUUCACGCUCAUCCUUUGAAACCCAGCAUGAGUUGAUGAUAAAACAUGAUUAGGGCUGUGAGAAGGUCUGCCCCAACACUGGUUGUAAAGUGAAACUUUGCUCUAUUAGUUUUGCCUGAAGAAAACCAACCGAAAAUCUUAUGUGUUGGCUUUUGAGCACAGUGCAAAAACAAGAGCAUAGCAGAUGUCAUGUUUUUUGUGUUCUUCCGUUGUUUAAUUUUGAAUUAAUUUAUUUAUCAGACACACGCAUACGAUUGCUGCGGUUGAAUUUCUUGAAAGCACGUCUUAUAUUAGCCUGUAAACUGGAAUUUUUUCUAUGUCUGACAGUUUAAGAUGUAAUAGAUUAUAGUGGAGAUUAUUACAAAUAAAAGUUCUUUUGUCGAAGACGGAUGAAAAAAAAGCCAUUUAGCUCAAUUUAUUUUCUGACAUUCAUUAAUCUUCAUUGUCAGG